AUUGAACAGUGGUGCCGUGCUGUCAAAUUUAAACUCGCUGCCUUUUUGGUGAGAAUUCGCGACUACCAUCGUUACCUGUUUGAGAUCAGAGACUGGGAGCUGUCAGGACGCCUGAUUGGCACAGAACAGGAUGGACAAGCACGAGCUCUUCGCAGAGAGCUCAUCACGCUGGGUCCUCCAUGGGGAGACGUGACGGUUCACAGGAAUAUGCCACCACUCAAGUUCUACUACGACUUUAAAUCUACAAUAUCGCUUUACACUAUUGUGUGGGGGCCGUGUUGGGACCCUGCCUGGACUUUGAUUGGACAGUCUAUCGACCUGCUGACCAAACCCUCAGUGGAUCCGUCACCUCUGCUGACCUGGUGGGACAAAAGUCGAUUGCUCCUGCACGGGCGCUGGGUUAUGGACAUUGAUCAGGCCAAUCUUCAUCAGUUGGCAACCGAAGACCCAUAUAACACCACAGAAAACUUGCACUGGGAGUGGACUAUACUGAACUGUGAAUGGAACCCUGGGCAGUUUGUGUUUAAAGGAGAUUUGGACGUUAACGUCCGGACUGCAUCUAAGUAUGAUGAUAUCUGCUUUCUACACCUGCCCAACCUCUACAUGACACUUGACCUUCAGUGGCUUUGUCAUGGCAACCCUCAUGACCACCAUGCUGUAAUGCUCUGCUGUGCAGAGAAUGUGGCAGAUGUAACCUCAGGACAACCUCAUGAUUCCUACAGAGCUUUUCGCUCUGAAAACCUUAACCUCUCCAUCUCCAUGGACCUUAACCAAAACAGUGGCCCAGAACCUUGCCAGCCCAGAAUCCUGCUGUACAGCAGUACCCUGCGCUGGAUGCAGAACUUCUGGGCCACCUGGACCAGUGUGUCGCGACCAAUCUGUAGAGGCAAACUCUUCCAAAGUCUCAGGCCGUCCCGCAAGAAGCUGAGCCAACACUACAAACAGAUGUCCUACACUGCUACCUUCCCACAACUGCAAGUGCUUUACUGGGCCUCGUCUGCCCAGCAGAGAGGUAUCCAGGUAGAAUGCAGUAAAGGCCAUGUUUUCACUCAAGGAGUACAGAGACUUAUUCCACAGGCUGGUACUGUAAUGAGGAGGCUGAUCUCCAAGUGGAAUGUGACUCAAAUGGUUAGUGAGUUAUCACAGGUAACUGUUCACCUGAUGGCCUCCACCUGGGAUGAGACAGCUGACCACCAGCUGAAUGCUCAGGUGAAGAAGACUCACCUGCUCAGUUUGUCCUCUCUGAGCUACCAGCGGCAGAGCACUCGCAUGGAGGAGGAGGUGAACCAGAAGGAUGAGACUAAUGCCUCUUACACGCACAAACUGUUCCUUGUGGACCUCCGUGCUUCUUGGACCACCACUAACAGGAACAUAGCCUUUGGGCUCUAUGACGGUUAUAAAAAGGCAGCUGUUCUCAAGAGGAAUCUUUCCACUGAAGCUUUGAAAGGUCUGAGAAUCGACACUCAGCUGGACUCUAAGAAGCUGAAACGCGCUCCUUCUAACUUUUCUUCCACCACGGCCCCAACGACGCCAGUCACGUCCACCAUAAACCGAGCAGAAAAAAGUCAAAACGAAGGAACAACAAUGCUCCAGAAACUCAUUGAAGAAACUGAUAAGUUUGUGGUUUUCUCAGAGGAGGAAUUAGGUGUUACUGACCAGCUUUGUGGCCUUGCUGCCUUUCAUACAGACAGUGUCUAUAAUCAUAACUGGUUCAUUGAGUUGGUCAACUGUCAGAUGAUGCUGCGCGGCACGGAAACUGCAGGCUGUGUGUUAGUAUCUGCAGCCAAGGCUCAGCUGCUGCAGUGUGAACAUCACCCAGCCUGGUACAAUGACACGCUCAAGCAGAAAACCACAUGGACCUGCAUGCUUGACGGUAUGCAGUAUUUUGCCACUAUGGAGCCAAACCCAUCUGAAGAUGAGGACAGGCAGCUGUGGCUGGAGGUGAAGAACAUUGAGGAACACAGGCAGCAAAACCUUGACUCUGUGCUGGAGUUGAUGGAGAGUGGCCAGGCUGUUGGAGGAAUGGUCAGCACAACUACUGAUUGGAACCAACCAGCUCAGGUGAACGAGGCCCAGCAGGUUCAGCGAAUCAUCUCGCGUUGUAACUGUCGCAUGUACUACAUCAGUUACAGUCACGAUGUUAACCCGGAGCUGGCUACACAGAUCAAACCGCCAGAGAUGAACAACCAGGAGAAAGAGGACCUGUUGAAAAAACAGGCCGGAGCUGUGGACACCUUCACCCUCAUUCACCAUGACCUUGAAAUAUCUACCAAUCCCGUGCAGUAUGCUAUGAUCCUGGACAUCGUAAACAACCUGUUGUUACAUGUGGAACCCAAACGCAAGGAGCACAGUGAGAAAAAGCAGCGUGUUCGCUUCCAGCUUGACAUUUCUAGUAACCCAGAGGAGCAGCGCAGCAGUAUCUUACACCUCCAGGAGGCCGUCAGACAACACCUUGCCCAGAUUAGGAGACUUGAGAAACAGAUUUACUCCAUCAUAAGGGCGCCACCUGAGGAACUGAGUAGUACCGAACUGAAUGAGAUCAAUGAGGCACUGCAGAACCAGCUAAACAAAGAGAAGAAUGACAUGCAGAUGAAGAGUGAAGAACUCAACAUUCUCAUCAGAUGUUUUAAGGACUUCCAGCUGCAAAGGGCAAACAAGCUGGAGCUACGUAAACCCCCAGAAGAUGCCAGUGUAGUGCGGCGAACAGAGAUCUACUUUGCUCAGGCCCGCUGGUAUUUGACUGAGGAGGACGGUCAGCUGGGCAUUGCCGAGCUGGAGCUCCAGAGGUUUAUGUACAGCAAGUUGAACAAGUCUGACGACACGGCAGAGCAUCUGUUGGAGGUCAGCUGGUUCACGAUGUACAACCUGCUGCCCGAUGCAGUGUACAAGGUUGUACUUCGACCUCAGCGCCCCUGGCACUCAGUCCGGCAGUUUGCUUUGCGCAUCUUCAGUAAAGUGCGCCCUCCAGUGGGAGGGAUCUCCGUCAAGGAGCACUUUGAGGUAAAUGUGGUGCCUGUCACCAUCCAGCUCAUGUACCAGUUCUUUAAAAGAAUGAUGGGAUUUUUCUUCCCUGGAAGAAAUGUUGAGGAGGAAGAGGUUACAGAUGAAGAAGACAAGUUCCGGUUGGUUACUACUGCUAUUGCAGUCAAGCCUCGGCAGCCGUCAGAGGAUACUAUGGGUGCUAUGGGCCCAAGCAAAGGGUGUACCCAGGGACUGAACCGCGCUGGUGUGAGGAGGUUUUUUGAAAAAAAUCCUUUUGUCAUCCACCAGCAUCCUGUUGAUGACAUUGAUAAGAUGAAGGAGAGAGCUGCUAUGAACAACUCCUUCAUCAUUAAGAUCCCCCAGGUGCCCCUGUGUGUCAGCUAUAAGGGGGAGAAGAGUAGUGUGGACUGGAAGGACUUGAACCUGGUUCUGCCCUGCUUGGAAUACCACAACCACACUUGGACAUGGCUGGACUUUGCGGCUGUGAAAAGGGACAGUCGGAAAGCACUUGUCGCUCAGAUGAUAAAGGAGAAGCUUCGCCUGAAGCCUGCUGCAGAGUCGGACCUCCUGAACAGCCUGCAGCAGCAGCAGGUGGAGGAGGAGAAGGCGCGGCUCCUCAUCGGCUACAGUCCUGCUGUCAAGAGUUCCAGCAAGAAGAGCAUCUUCAGUCGACGCAAGUAAACCGUGAGUCCUCGCGUUCUCACAAAACCUGAAGUACACCGUCUGGUCUGCUUCACGGUAAGAAGAGCAGUCUGGUGUCAUGGAUGCACAAAGAAUUCACAAGAGAGGUGGUCAAGAAAUCCUGAAUGUUUUUGUUUUAAAAAGUAUUCUCUGUCAGAAUUGCAAAAAGAUGCAGGAUGAACAGGAUGUCAGAAUAAAUAUUAUGAUAUAAAAUUUUAUGACUGUAAAGUGUCACGCUACAGCAAAAAAGAAUUUGGUAAGUGUACUGAAAUGUUUGUGUCCUCUGCUUUCUUAAAGAUGUUUUCUUCUGAAUUUGUACAAAAGGGCUACGAACCUGAAAUGAAAAGAAACCGUGUAUUAAAAGUGACAAAGGCAGAAAACCUUUUUUAUUUGUUUUUUUAAAUGUGCCUUAUUACAUCACUUCACACCACAGAGUACUGUCCUGUAGGGGUGG